GAACAUAUGACGUUGUGCUUCGUUGGUUCACUUCCUGUUAAAUUAUGCUGCACAGAAACAGCAGCUACACAGAAAAAGCCUCCGUACAUUCUUUUAAUGAGAAAAUUGAUAAUAUUUCAUUCACCACAUGAUGGAUUUGAAAACAUGGCGUAGUAGGCUGGAGACACAUUAUCAGUCAGCAGAGCCGUGAUGGACAUCCUGUAUCAUACACAGUUUCCAGAAGUCAGAGGUUUUGACAAAACAGCUGUGGUGAGAGCCGAGAAACGUGAACUCCUGAGAAGACGAAACAAUGUGACGUUGUGUCGGAGCCAAAACAGAGAUUUUGAAGGAAAACUGAUCAAAAGUGAACUGAAGGAAAAAAGGCAGCUGGAAUAUCUGAAGAGGAGAUCAGUGAGCCCAGAACUGUGUGGCGUCAAGUUGACGAGGACUAAAAACUCAACAAAGACCAUGUCAGUGAAGCCUCUCAGUUAUCACAUGUAUACAAAUGUCACGACCAUUCCUGCCAACGGACAUAAAAAGGUGGUUUCAGCAGAAGGCAGCAGCACAGCUGAUGAUCCAAGCAGCAGCGCAAGGGCCUCCUCAUGGACAGAGCAGGUAACGUUAGUGACCCAAGAGAAAAGUGAACCAAAACAACAAGAUUCUACCUCCACGACAGAGAUGAAGGACCUGAACCAGAGCAGAACAGAAAGAGCGAUAGACGACGAAGCUUCGAGCCUCACCAGAGAAGACCAGAGAGAAGGUUCUCACCAAACAACAGUUCACACAACCAAAAUCAUCUCAACACACCAAGAGGCCGCUGUGCAGACAGAGUCCGGCCUGGUCACUGUCAAGGAAUCAGAUAUCCAGCAGCUGGGUCAGUACUUAGAGGAGGCCUUGUUGAGAGAAGCAGCAGCGAACAAGAAGCUGUUAGCUCUGAAAGAGAGCACCUCCAGUCUCAUGAGCUCCUCAGAUACUACAUGGACACCCACACAGGCUCCCUGCAGUGAAGAUCUGCUGAAGAGCAAUAUCGAGGCUCUGGAGGCGCAGCUGCAAGUCUGUCUGCAGAAGGUUCCAAAGGAAAUGAAGAAACUGGUGAAGCAGAUGGAGAAGAAGAAAGUUAUAUAUGAGGAGAAAACCCUGCUCACUCUGAAGACGAUCACUCAAGAAAAAACGGAUGCAGUGAGCAAAGCUGAGACUCUGCAGGAAUCAUUAUCCACGGCAGAGGCAGAGUCACUGAAGUGGAAGAACCUCUACCAGGAGCUGAAGCUCAGCUAUGAACAACUCCAAGAAAACCAACACCUCAGCAACGAACAGCUGCAGCAGCUACACAGAGAAGUGGAGCUGUCCAGAUCCAGAGAGGAUGAGAUGAGGGACACAGUGGUGUCUCUGAGACAAGUCAACGAGGAGCUGCAGAACAACAUUGGUCUGCUGGAAGAGGACAACCACAGUUUGAAGGAGGAAAUACAAAACCUUAGGGAAAACGACAGUGAGCGCCGGGACGUAGUCAUGCAGGAUCAUCUGACCUCACAGAAUGUAAACAAACAACUGACACUGAAGACAGACUUUCAGGUGGAAGAACAGCUCCGUCACACUCAGGAGAGACUGCGCCUCAAAGAGGAAGAGUGUGACGAAUUGCAGACAGUGCUGAACACUUUGGAGCAGGAGUGUCAGUCCACUCAGGGCCGACUGUCGCAGUGCAGGGAUGAACUUCGACAACUCAGCCACUGUCGCAGUGAACAGACUCACUGUGGCCCCUGGUGGAGGGUGUGGGUCGUCUUCCUCCUCUUCCUCGCCAUCAUGAGUUUCAUCAUCCUGUGGCUGUGCCACCCUCAGUUCAGGGAGCAAAUAGACAACUUGUACUCAGACAUAGGGACUCGAAUCGAGAACUAUCUCCUGGAAAUGGUGUCUCCUCGACACUCGGGCUGUUUUCGGCCCAUGUGAUGACGUUGUGUGUGGUGUCCUUGUUUUAUAGUUGUAUUUUUAUGGGAUAUAGUGGUUUCUUUUUUUAAUGACUUAGUGUGUUUAGUGUUUAGUGUGUGGAAUGUCUAACGCAGACUGAGAUAACGUUUGACUGUUCAAAUAUACACGCACAGCAAAAAAGUUUUUCAUUCAUUCAUUCAACGUCCAUCUCAUUAUGUCCAGCUCCAUCGACUGUGUUCAAGUCAGGGCUGGAGUCAAGACCAGGGUCAAAGAGGUCAAAACAAAGAUGUCCCAUCAUUUACUUUAGAAGUUGUUUUUUUUUUGUUUGUUUCACAGUGGAAACGUUUUGUCCUCAUGUCUGUUUAUAAUGUGGCUGUGAGUGUUAUUAUUGCUGUUGACGUUGGAGACCUACAAAUAGUCACAAUACUCUGUGUUGGUACACUACAGUUCUGAUCUUUCCCUGUCGUCUUCACAGGAGUUCUCAUUAUCACUCUGUAAACAGAUCCCGCUGAGAUUUAAAUAAAUGAAUCCUCUUUAAACCUCUGUCAACACACGUGGACAGAGACAGAGACAA